AUGCUUGUGAACGAAGAUAUCAAGGCAAUCAAAAUAACCAGAGUGUACGAGCCCUCUGUCGAUCAUCAAGAGAUCUGCGUACCCAAUCAAGAUGAUAAUGUGCGAGAAGAUAUUGCUGAUAACGAUGUGGGAGAGGACAUUGACGAGGAUUCCCAGGAAGACGAUAUCAUGAUCAGAGCUAACAAAGAUGAAUAUUUCAGCAAGGAAGAAGACUGGAGGUCUGAGAUUCACAUCUUUCUCGAAGAAAAGACGCUUCCUGCUGAUCUAAAGCAGGCUAGGAAAAUGCCGUCAAAAGCAGGGAGGUACGACCUAAGAGAGGGAAUCUUGUACAAGAAAUCUUUCAUGGGACCUUUGUUACGAUGCUUUUCUAGAUCCGAAGGACACCUGAUUCUGAAAGAUAUACACCAUGGGGACGCGGGGAACCACAGUGGGAUGAGAUCUCUAGCAGAUAAAGCAAAAACCCAAGGGUAA